AUGCGGGGAGCACGACCCCGAAGCCCAGGGGACUAUCUGCUGCAAGAUGGACUCAACCCCGCCAAGCGCCCCUGCCUCCGUGAGCCUGGCAGCCCGGAAAGGCUGGCACAGCCAGACGUGGAAGCCCCCAGCGGACCCGCCUGGGAAGAGCCCAACUCCAACUCCGUGGUGGUGGUGCCCACUGGCUGUGCUCUGAAACUCCACCUGGAAGCCAUCGACCUGCUCCUGGAACCCAACCCCACCUCGAUCAGCCAAGUAUCCCUUUCUGGAUGCACCAUCACCCUGGUUCCAGAGGACCUGCUGGAGCCCGCCCAGCCUGGACAGCUUUGGGUCUUUCCCUGCAGCCCACAGGAGGCGGCUGUGCUGGACAUUCCCCCAGAAUGCCUAGUCCUCCUGCAGCACGGUUCCGCCAGUGCUCCUGGAUCACACAUCCAAGGGGCGGGAAACUUCUCUCAGCCAGGUGAGGUCUCUCAGGAAGACUCCAUGAUGUUAUGGGUGCAUGCUCCGUCUGACACGGAUCCAGGGCUCUUUGACCCCUUCACUGUGAUGCUCAGCCCCUUGUUGGACAGCCAAGUACCUUGGCCCUGGACGCCAUCCCCUCCUCCGAGUGCAGGGAGGGAUGAUCCCUGGUGCAACUGGACCCUCAGCGAGAGCAUGCUGGAGCCUCUGCCCAGCUCCCCACUGCAGCCUCUCCCCCCAUCUCCUGCAACAAGUCCUCAAGGCCAGUGCCCGCUGAGUCAUCAGAAGCCUCCACGCUCUCCCUGCAAGGCCAGGAAGCGCCUCUUCUAG